GUAAUUUCCUCGUGAGCACCUCAAUGACUCAGAUUUGUUAUGAUAAUUCUAUAAGAACAUAUUUCAUAAAAAGUUAUUUGAAAGUAUGUUAAAAAAGUAGCAGUCAAUUAAAGAUAGUGACUAGCUGAAAUGGCAACGACUAGCGAGCCAGGUACACAUACCUUUCCGAAAUCUACAACUGCAGCUACUGUAGACACUCAUUAUCAGGAUCUGGUGGUAGGAUGUUUACUGGCUAUAUGUGGAAAUCUUCUCAUCAGUGUGUCCCUUAAUCUGCAGAAAUACACUCAUGUGAAAAAUGAGGAGCGUGAUGUACAGAUACAUUAUACACGUAAUCCACUAUGGUGGUUGGGAGUGAGUUUGAUGAUUAUUGGAGAGGUGGGCAACUUCUCAGCUUACGGGUAUGCACCUGCCUCUCUGGUAGCUCCACUUGGCACAACUACAGUUGUUGCAAACAUGUUCUUGGCUGCAAUUUUUCUAAAAGAGCAAAUACGGGCAGAAAAUUUAUUCGGUUCAGCUCUGGCAGUGAUAGGAGCUAUCCUGGUUGUAGCAUUUGCACCAAAGAAAGAGAAAGUUCUUACUGGUGAGAUGUUGAAUGAGUAUUUAACUGGUGCAUCUUUUAUUGUGUAUAUUUGUAUAGAGAUAGCCAUUUUAAUUGGACUACUUUUAAUUCUUCAUGUAUACAAGCUGAAGAGGGUUGUCAUUUAUUUAUCAAUUGUUAGUGUUAUAGCAUCAUUUUCUGUGAUCUCAGCAAAGGCAGUUUCUAGUUUGAUACAGCUUACAUUUGCUGGAGAUAAUCAACUAAAAUAUUACACAUUCUACAUUAUGACUAUAGUCAUGUUUUCAACAGCCAUUUUACAAGUCAAGUAUUUAAAUAUGGCCAUGCAGAGGUUUGAAUCUACCAUUGUAGUUCCCACCAACUUUGUGUUUUUUACUAUCAGCGCAAUCAUUGCUGGUAUUGUAUUUUAUAAAGAAUUCUGGGGAAUGACAGCAUUAGAUAUAUUUAUGUUCUUAUUUGGGUGUAUUAUGUCAUUUGUUGGUGUGUACUUUAUUGUUGCUGGUAGACCAAGUGUUGAUGAUAUUAAAAAAGUUGCUGAAGCUCAGGAAGGGGAACCUCCAGUUUCUAUAGCAUCACGUUGUUUCCCAGCUUGGCUGCUCGCAACAAUAAACGUGGGUAAAGUUCAACCUUCCGGAUCUGUGAGUCAUCUUAUUGCAGAGGAGGAGGAAGCGCGGCGUCCAUUUGUUGCAGCAGACGGCGACGCGGCGUCAAAUUCUUCACAGGAAAUGAUAUACAUGAGUGCACCAGAACACAAUGGAACAGUGCACUAUAGCAAAUCAUACGGAUCAGAUAAUUAGGCUAUUGAAAUAUUGUUAUAUUGUUGAUCAUUCAUAGAUAUUUAUAUAAAAAAUGUCGAUAUUUAUUCAUAAGAAUUCUCUGUGAUGUUACACAUGUAUAUCUUCUCAUGUUCACAUUGCUGUUAGGUCACCUGAGCUUAAAUAAAGGUGAGCUAUUGUGAUGGCCUGAUGACUUUCAUCAGUUCUUGUCUUAUAUUAUCCACAGUCCAACAAUAUAUCUUAAUUUGACCAAACUUUAAGGGAAUGAUUUUUAGUGGUCUUUGACAAAAUAUUACACAAAAUAGGGCUAUAUUUAAGAUGUAAUUGUGUAAGAACUUUUGUGUAAAGGGUUGGUAAUUGGACAUAGAUAUGCAUUGAAAACUGUAAAUCUUACUGUCUUAAACUGCAUUGCUCAGAGCUUAGAUACUUGUCAUGUUGUAUUGUUUAGUAGUUGCAUGCAGUAUACAGUGUAUAUUACAUCCCUCGGGUAAAAAUGGCCCCACACUGAAGGUCCCUUGUUUAAAAGCAAAAAAAAAACCAC